AUUGCUUUUAAAAUUGUUUUUCAGAUGGAAAAUUCUGAGGCAAAGGAUCUUCCUAAAAGUCUCAAAAUUUGGCUUAAACCAUUGGAUAAUGAAGACUUUAACAAAACCUCUAACAGCACAUCUGUGACUCCUGCAAGGACGUUAACACCGGGAACUUUGGAUAAAUUGUUUGCAUCCACACCAAGACAAAAACCUGAAGACACUUCACCAAGGUUUUUACCAACAAACGCCAAAUCUUUGACGGAACCUUGUGACCUUGGAGAAUCGUUUGUGCGUGAUGAUAUCAACAGACCAUCGCAGUCCUCGGGUGCGCUGAUUGCAGAUGACAUCUCCAACCUCAAAACGAAAUUGUUUCCAGAGAAUCCUGUAGAGCUGCACAAUCAAGAGCGUUCUCCACAAGUUAACAGCAAUGAUUCCACGAGCCCAAAGAAGAGAAAAGCGACAAAGGUCUUAGAUGGUGAGCCUUCGAGUACACCCACAAAGAAAUUAGUUACGGAGUUAAAACGGUUUCUGAUCAGGGGCGGCCUUUGCAGACAUUCUUGUACAACAAUACACAUUUUCGGCAAUAAGACAUGGAAGCUUUCCAUUGAAAGAAAAUUGCGUAAGAAGCUCGCACAACGAGCGCUGAAGAAAACACAAAGAAGGCAAGAAGCAAGCAUAGACGUUUCAUUCACAAAGAAGAAACAAAGGAAAAUGUCCAGCAGAGAGAGUGUAUUCACAAAGAAGAAAAGAAUAGCAACUGGUGACGAGAAAACACACUCAAAGAAGAAGGCAAUAAAGAAAAGUAGCAGAGAUGCAGCAAAGACAAAGAAGAAGAGAAAGGAAGAGAAAAGUAGAGAUUCCACCCACGCAAAGAAGACAAGGAAGGAAAAACCUAAAACUGGUGAAACAUGCACAAAAGAGAAAAGAAAACUCAGAAAAGCUGAUAAAGAUGAGAUACCCGCAAAGAAGAAACGAAAGGAAGAAACUAGUAGAGAUUUAACAAACAAACCAAAGAAAAUUAAAGAAAGUGGUAAAUUUGCUACAAAAACAAAUAAGAAAAGGAGAGAAAAACCUUGUAAAGAUGAAAUGACGACAAAGAAGAAAAGAAAAGAAAACUCUAGUAAAGAUGAAGCAAAGACAGGGAAGAAAAGAAAAGAAAUCUCUAGUAAAGAUGAAGCAAAGACAAAGAAGAAACGAAAAGAAAACUCCUCUAAAGAUGAAGCAAAGACAAAGAAGAAAAGAAAACAAAAAUUUAGGAAGGAUGAAACAAAAAAGAAACGAAGCGAAGUUAGCAAGACAAGAAAAGGCAAAAGUUUAAAACAUGAAACACAUUCGAAGACGACAACAAACAAACCACUGACACAAAGAAGAAAAAAAAACCAGACACCCAAGAAGAAAACAAAACAAAAACUGGAAAAAAUGAAACAACUAAAGAAAAGGAAAACACGUAGCUAGUUACAAAGGAAAGUAAAGAAAGAGUUGGAGUUAAGAAUAAAGACAGACAAAACUGAAGUAAAAAGCAAAUGUACUGAACAGUCUCGAGGUGGAAUUGACAAAACUUUCAGUACGCUUACCUAUUAGUGUGAACGCCAUGUAGAUUAUUAGUAAAUUAUUUGUAUUUCUUGCUUAGCCUUUGAAUGUAUUUAGUUGUAAUGUUGAAUAUAAUGAAACCAGACUUUUUGCCCCAACAAAGCUGGUUGGAACAAAAUCUAGACGGGUACAUUUUGGCGGCAGUUUGCUUCUCGUUGUCGAGGCAAAAAACAGCUUGUUAACCACUCCAUCAUGAAUGUUCCUGGGCUCGUUCGCAGCCGUUAUUAGGAUCGUCACGCAACACUUGCGGGAGAAGCGUUGCGUGACGACCCUAAUAACGGCUGCGAAGGAGAUUAGAAUAUUCCCGGAGUUGUCGUCGUGUGUAAACGGUUAGGAAUCCGAAUAUCCUUACAGUGUUAACGCCUACGAAUCCGUGUACUCUAAUAUUGAUGAAUCCGAAAACAUUUACGAAUGCGGAAAAAUCUCCUCAAGUGUAAACCUAGGCCCUCUUUACACGACGGGGUUGAAUCACCGCAGAGAGUGCUAAAAAUAAACACUUUACACCAA